GCCCAACCGCCACCCGCGCGCACAUCCGCGAGCACCCGCCCGGCCGCAGCAUGAAGGGCUGACCGACCGACCGACCGGGGCGCCGCCGCUCCGGACGGGUUAUUCACCCCGCGGGGGGGCGACGGAGGAAGACGCCCGCCCAGCCAGCCGAGAGGGGCGGUGGCAGCGCCGCAGGGGGCUCGGACGAUCCCCAUUCCCCGAGCGCCCCGGGCGCUGCAGGAGCCCAGCCAGAUUUGUUUAUUGUCUGCAAAGAGCCACAGACACUUUGUGCCCUGAUGGGGGACUCAGGAUCCAGACGAUCGACUCUAGUAUCUCGGUUGCCAAUAUUCAGGAGGAGUAUUAGCCGGAGACACGACUCCCUUCCUUCCUCACCUUCAUCUGCGAAUGCCAUUGGUGUCCACACGUCCUCCCCCUCCAGCACCAACUCCAGCUCAGGGAGCACAGGCAAGCGCCGCAGUAUUUUCCGCACUCCUUCCAUUAGCUUCCAUAACAGGAAGGGGAGCGAGCAGAAGCCUGACUCUACCAGCCAAAAUGUGAACAUCUCAAAUGGUGCCCAGUCCCCUCUCAGCACUUUGCAAAAACUGAGCUUAGAGGAACACAUUAAAAGCAGAGGAAGGCAUUCGGUUGGCUUUGGCAGCUCACGAAGCAAGAAGAUAACGAGGUCUUUGACAGACGAUUUUGAAAAGGGAAAGGAGCCCUCGGCUAAUAAGAAUGUCUUUAUAAAUUGCAUAAGCUCUGGGAAGAAUGAGGGUGAUGAUUCGGGCUUUGCGGAGGAGCAGAGCCGAUACUCCGUCAAACAAUCCACACGAAAGCUUCUCACUAAGUCUUUUUCAUCGCACUACAAGUUUUCCAAACCUGUUCCGGAAAGUCAGUCCGUUUCCUCUGUGCAGCAAUCCCGGUGCUCGCUGGAGGUUAAAUCGUACACGGAAAGCGAAUCUGUGAUCACCAAGUCCUCUCCUCCGUGUUCGGCCGAGACGCCGCAGGGCCUGGGGAGCUCCUUGCAGUCCCCGCUGCUCUCAGCCGACCUCACGGCUGCGCAGACCCCCUCGGAUUUUGUUGCCCUGACGGAGGAUUCUGUUUCGGAGGUUGAUGCUCUGCCCAGCAGUGGUACUGGGGUGCUGCUCGCAGAGGAUUUUGGCCACAAUGUCUCUGCCUCUCAGGUCUUCUUGAAUCCUGCUGCUGCUCCUGUGAGGGAGGUGGAUGUUGUGGAAAGUACUGGUCAUUCUGCUGGUGUAUCUCCUGUGAGUCACGCAAGCUCGUGUAGUGUUGAAUCUAAUACCUUAUUCAAAACCUCAGCUGCUAAUCAGGCAGAAGUAUUGUUGCAAGCCAAUGAACUACAUAGUAACGAUGCCAGGCACAUAGGAGAAAUGAACUCUGCAAAUGCACAUGUAGAAACCUUUGCAUUACAGUGUAGAGAAGAACCGGUGAUGCUGUCUCCAAAAGCACAACAGUUGAGUGGGACCAGAGCUGAAACCACGCACACGAGAGAGGCGAUUCCUGUCACAGAGGCGAAGAUCGUCCCACGUUCUGAACCUCAGUCCUUCAGAACACAACGGGGUUGUGAAACAAACCGUUCUAAAGUUGAUCUUGCCAAUAGCUUCAGUCCGUACAGAGAAGGCAGAUUUGUUGAGAAGCGCCUGAGAUCCUCUUCAGAAGGUACUGCUGGAGGCAGCCGGCUGAUCAUAAAACCCAGGGAUGCAAAUACAGAAGAGCUGAACAGCCUGCGGAAGCAGAGAGCAAGCUCGUCCUCCUCAAAAAUGAACAGCAUGGAUGUUUUAAAUAACUUGGGUUCCUGUGAGUUGGAUGAAGAUGACCUGAUGCUUGACUUGGAGUUCCUAGAAGAGCAACAUCACCAUCGUUCUGUUUGCCGGGAAGACUCAUACCAGUCGAUAGUCUCGUGUGCUGCUGUAGUACUUACCCCUGUGGAGCCAACGGUGGAUGCGAGGAAGAAGGAACAGAUGAUAAUGCCCGAUGUGUCUAAACAGAACCUGUCUCUGAAGCUGUCGAAGGAGGUGGAGCCGGGGGACCCCAGGCACCCCCGUGUCACCCCACUGCCCAGCAGCCCCAGCGUGGAGUGGCCCUUUCCCAGCCUGGAGGAAGGGGGAGGCAUCGAGUCUUUGCCCUUCAGAUUGAUGCUGCAGGAUUGCACAGCUGUGAAGACAUUGCUCCUGAAAAUGAGGAGGGUUCUUCAAGAGAGCACGGACAUGAGUCCGGCCAGCAGCACCGCCUCGCUGCCCGUGAGCCCUCUGCCCGAGGAACCCGCCUUUUUCAAGGAUGGAAUAAAAGAUGAGUGCUCAGUGCUGAAGCUGCAGCUGAAGGAGAGAGACGAACUCAUAGCCCAACUUCACGAGGAGCUGGAGAAGGCGCAGUGCUUGCAGAAGGCUGUGGCUUCCCAAGCGGAUAAAUCCACGCAGACAGAACUCAUUGGCCACGAUGCUACGUAUCCAAACAGAACGGUGAGCCAAAAUCUCAGCACAAGGGACAGAAAGUCAGCACAUACUCCCACCGAGGACCCUUUUAGAUACUCAUCAGGCAACCAAGCCUACGAAAGCAAGAGCUGCCAGCUGUCUGAUUUGUGUCUGAGUAAGCUCCUCAAAGAGGAGGAGAUUGUGGAAGUCAUCAAGCAUACGAGAGGCACCUACGAACCCCUCUCUUCGGAGGUCACCCAGAACGGUUUGGCCACCACGGCGCCGAGCGCAGCGAAGCCAGCGCCCAAGGUAGACAUCUACCCAAUGUUCUCAGGAGCUCCAAAAGACCAAGCUGUCCCUCGGCAGCACACGGCGUUCACGGGGAGACUCGGGCAGCCGCCCAGGGGACCCAUCUCUUUACACAUGUACAGCAGGAAAAACGUUUUCCUCCACCACAACUUACACACAGCGGAGCUGCAGACUUUAGGCCAACAAGAUGGGUGAAGCGGUGCUUGUGUUCUUGCCAUGGAGAGCUGGUUGAAGAGGAACAUAAGCUCAGGCUUCGUUUUUUAUCUGCUGCUACUUUCACGUGGACAAAAAUAAAGUAAAAAAUGAAUGUUGUCUGUAGGUUCUAUACUUGCCUAUCUGGGACUGUGGCAAAAGGAUGAACUAGAUUGUUAAAAAACUAGAUUGGUUUGUCAUGUGAAAGUCACCCUGGGUAUAAUAAAGGGGUAUUUUGGCUGGCAUUGCUAGUCCAGUAUUGGCUAAAUAUAUCUAUUUUUUUUUUCUCUAUAAGCCUUUAUCAUUCCCUGAAGGUCUAGAAGGUGGACUUAAAUAAUAUUGUGUAUGUUUAAUAAUGUUACUGUUAAAGUAGACGUGAGGAAUGAAUAGAUAAGUAAUUAGUAAACCCUCUGGAAUUUUAUAGAAACUAGGGAAAUAAGGAGUCAGAAAUCUUUGAGGACCCUCUUUUUCGAAACAGUGCAAUUUGCUCACUCGUAGCAGUGUGUUCUGCUUCCUGCUCUAAGUGUUUUACAGAUGCCUCGUGCCACGGGUAGAGGAAGUGACUUGAUUUUCCUCUGACAUCAAGGUUAUAAGUGCUCACAAGGUAUUUAAAUCAGUAAUUGGGUCCCAAACUGAGGAGGUCAGCUUGGUUCCUCAACCUUCCCUUCCCUUUUCCCACCUUUAUUUAACUACAUUUGUUCGAGUGGUUUCAUUCAAUGAGAACAUGCCAAGUUGUGGUGAUUGUGCUUUCCAGGCGCGGGAUCGCUCACAACACAGUGUGAUAUUCCGUGCUAAGUAAUGCAUCAUAGAAUUUCCUUUCACUUCACAAACUAAAAAUGGGCAAAAGAGAAACUGUCUCAUUACCCAGUCCAAAUUACCUGUGUAAGUCAUCAUUUCUGCAGAUCAUCUGCUCUUAAUGACCUGGUUUAUACCAGCUCGGUGGGUUUGCUGGUCUUAACUAGUGAGAUGAACCUGAUGCUAGUGAAAUCAUCUGAUCACACCAUGGAACUUGGAGACUUGUCAGUAACAAAAGGUCCUGUUUUCCCCUUUCAAAGGGCUCGGGAGCAGGCUUCUCAAGGUAUUCUAAACAUGUGGCAUAUACUAAACAGGACACUUAGUUUACAGCCUCUCUGAUGGAGGGUAAUGUAUUUGAAUGAUAAUAGGAAAUAUAGUUGGUUUAUAAAUAAUCUGGCACGUUUAAAUAUGUUUGAGGCAGAUCUGAGACAAGUCACCUCUCUCUUUAACUGUUAAUUAAUAGCGAAAGACAAGGGUGCAGCACUUUCUCACGCAAAGAAACAAACCAGUGUUACUUGACUGAAUGAGAAAUGAAUUAUCUGUAGCCACUAAAAAUGCUGCAACUCAUAACAGAUAAGUCAUAUAGGGCAUAUAAAAUGAAUUAAUGAUACAAAUUUUACCUAGUGUUGAAUACAUCUGUAACUACUUACUAUUCAGGUUAAUACAAGGAUUGGUUAGAUUAAAAAGAAAAUCAGACCAUGAGCUUGGCAGAUAUUCUCCAAAGCCAUUUCAGCAGCUUAAACUUUCAAUAUCCUAUUUAUUGAGGAUUUUAAUUUGGUUAGAGCAAAUUUUAUGGCAUUACCUGAUGUUGAAGAGAGCAGGUUUUGUCUAAAUAUUCUGCAGUGGUGAUUUUUGGCCUCCAGAGCCGGAUACAUAAGAAUCAAGAGAUACAUUUGCCAAACAUCUUGGUGUUUGCGUGCGCGUCGCUACUGCCAAAACAGGAUAUGCAGAAAUUGCAAACACAGCUUGAUGGAAUUAAGUUCAAGACUCCCAGUCCUGCAUUAAAACUCAGAGUUUAAAGUCUACCAAAAAAAGCAAAGAAUAGUAGCAAGAGAAUUUCACUGCUCAGAAUCAUGUUUUGGUCUGAGCAAUGUCCUAAGGUUAUGGUAGAUUGCAAGGACAAUUGGUUCUUGUUAACAAGACAUUUCAGUCUUGCUCGUCUCAACAGUUGAUGUAUGCAAUUGCAUUUCAGAUCUGUAAAUAAAUUAACGUACACUGUAAUCGAGGAUUUUUUUUUUCCAGGAUACAAAUGCACUAUACUACAUAUAAAAAAAAAAUACCCAAAAAAACCCUCUUCAAUUUUAACUGUAUUAUAACAUUUUAACAAUGCACUGUGUCUAUAGUUGUUGGUUUUUUUCCUGGAAAAAUGGACUUUUGGAUUACAUUUUAUUAAAAAAAAAAAAAAAAUCAAUGCAUUUGAAAAAGAACAUUUUAAAUGCUACUAUUUUCUUGAAGAAUCUUUUAUAAAGCUGAAACAAACAAAAAAAAUAACUGGAGAAAACACUUCAAUUAAAGUGUGGGAUAUUUUUAAAAUGUCAUCUUGAAGCUGUUUUGUAUCAGUAUUUUCAGCACUGUAAUACUAAGUGUAAAUCUCACCCCGAGAAGGGUAUUGGCCACGUUAAUGUACAGUACAGCAGUAACUGUAAAACAGAGGUCCUUUGAUCCUCUUGUGUAUAUAGUAAAUCAUAAAGCAACGGCAUGUGGACAUUC